AUGCCUUUGGAUACAGUCUUAUGUCUCGACACUUCGGGAUCCAUGGGUUGGAAUAACAAUGAGGGAAUCAACCAGCUAAAAGCUGCUGCGCUCAAAUUUCUGGAAGGAGUCGAGGAAACUGCAAAGCAGGCGAAUUUGAAGGUGAGAAGUGGCGAUCCAUGGGGUUAUUGUAAAAGAACGAUUGUAUGGCUGGUAAAGAAGGAUUUGUACAUGUGAAACGUUCAUGUAAUUAAACAUACUUAAAAAAGGAAACAAAAACAAAAAACAAGCUUUCUGGUUACUGAUUAGGUUUGAUGCGUCAAACAAUAUGGUUACUUCCGUUAACCGGGACUUCCCUAACUCAAUUCCCAAAUUAAAGAACGAAAAGUAAUUCAUUAAAGAGACUAGUAACAUCCAUUGCAUCCUAGAGUUUUAAUUAAGCGAACCAGUGUCAAAAAUGGUUUAUUUCCUUUUAAGUGUCUGAAUGAGAUCUGGAAGUGAUCUCUACUGCGACCUCGAUUAAGUUUAUCGGAAAAUGGCGAGCAUGUCGCAACUUCCGGUUUUCCAGGAAUUUAUCUGAUAAGUGAUUAUAAUAGGCAACUGCUUUGUCUCAGCUUACUCCUGUUCUAACCUGUUCAUAUGAUCUAUUUGGAUUAAUUACAUUGUCGUUCUCAAAUUUUCAUCAAUGCGUAAGUUUUCAGAGAAAUAAAAAACCCGCGCUGGAAUGGAUUUGCUUCGCCAAAAUGACUUACAGUUUUGUGAAUUGAGGUCCACGUAACUUUUAUCUGAAGAAGUAAAGGCUGAGGAGACUUCUCAUUGAAAAGUGGCCGUUUUAAAAACAUGCUUCUGGAUGGAUCCUGUCAAAAUUCAAUUAAUUUCUUCUUUGCGACUAAGCAGUUAUCGUCGUUAUAGGGAGUAGAGCUAAAAUCUCUGGCUUGUGCAUUUGUCUCUCAGUGCUUUGUCUUCGAUCUUGUUUUUUUGCUCUGAGCUUGAGUUAACUUACUGUACGUAUACAAUGUAUUUUAUUUUCCGCGUUUCGAGUUUAGGUGCAUAUCUUUUUAGUUAGUAGUUUGAUUUCUUAAUCGACAUGUAUUUGCUUUUUACACUCAGGAAAAUGUUGCCAUAGUAGAGUUUGGGGCCAGGACACAAAUAUUGCAUAGUUUAUCAAACAACUAUCCAAGUCUCAAAUUGAAAAUUCGUAAGUUUCACUCCUUUCUUCGUUUGAAAUUCUAUAGAUUAGCCAUGAAUUCUACCCGAUCCUCUGUUUUAAUGAAACUAUACAUAGGUUGACAUAUAGAGGGUACCUGAGUUUUAAAAUUACGUGAAGCUAUUCUAACUAAUUUCAAGAACAUAAAUUUGAAUUUUUAACGCCUGUUUGAAUUCAGCCUUUCCAAGUUGCCUCAGGGGAAAAAGAGGUCAAGAUGUCAUGGAAUCUCAUCUUAAGAAGAUUGACAUGAUAAAAGAAAGUUCUAAUCAUAUCUCGUGAUGGGCUUGUUGUUCGUUUCCUGAGGGAUGAUUUCUUUUGUUUCAGGUGGACUUAAAGCCAAUGGAACCACCCCAAUGAAAGAUGGUUUGCUGAUGGCAUUACAGGAGAUUGGAAAAAAUGGUAAGACGAUAACUGCUGAUGAGGCGAAACUUAAUAUUGCUUCUUGACAGUAGAAACAAGAUUUUAUAUGACCUCAUCCUUUUUUUUUCCACCUCAAGAAAGAGACAAGCAUGUUUAAAGUAAUUAGCAGGCGAUUCCAUUUUGGUUACAGAGAAAUGAGUAGAUUACAUCUCAUGUCACGAAGCCAAUGAAGCAACCAAAUAUAGACAGUAAAUGUCAUUAACUGUGUCGAACACGGAAGUUAUACACGCUUUCUUGUCUUUCGGACUGUUUACUUUCUAAGGUGGUGUUGUCAAUGUCAAUGGAAGGAAGCUUUGUCCACGCAUCAUUCUCAUGACUGACGGGAAACCUACUGAUGAAAAUGGACGUGAAAAUGAACAGGCAAGACUGUAAAAGAUAAAACGGUGUCCUUUUUCCGGCAUUAAAACGAUAACGUUUGGAAUAAAAUAAACAGAAACUUAAUCCUCUUUACCAGGGAAUAAAUGGAGCUUUAAAUUCAUGCACUUUCGGCUACGUGAUAUGAAUAUGGAUUGGCGGUAUUACCGAUCACUUUACUUAGCUUGGCUUAAUUAUCUUGCCGCAAACUAGUAGUUAAAAUCAUUGUUUAUUGCAACGCUUAAAUAGCAUUUCUAAGCGUCUCGUACAUUUUGAUAAGAUCUAUCAGUCGGUUUUGCAUUUUAGACAUGAGUGUUUACGUUGAGCUUUCGCCAAUUUUAUUUUAGGCCUUGACUGCAGUGCUACUAGUCGCUGUGCUCUUUGGUCCUCGCUGGCAAGAAGUUGGUCUUCCUUAUAAGAUCCCAAUCGCCUGCGUUGGCUGUGGAAAUGCUGAUAAGGUAAAUUGAAUUUGUUAAUUAGAAAAAAGUAAAGUAGCACGAGUCAACAAGCCUCGCUGUAUAGUGGCUUUCCAAGUUUCGUUGACAAUAAUGAGUCAGGCGUUUUUACCAGUCUUCCUUAGCGAACUGAUAUAUCCUUUUUCAUCGUAGGCUCGUUAAUUUUUCCCCACAACACUCCCAUAAAGGACACUUUGAGCGCUAGGUUUCUUAUCGAGAACACGACGCAUUACGCAAAUUAAAGGAUGAUUGUUGUCCUGGUGUUUAACGAUUCAAAAACCCUGAUAGCUAGACAUUUUGCGCGAACGUAACGUCUGUGAAUUUUACUGAGUAACUUGUUCGCUUGUUCUUUUUUUAAAAGACAGUAGAGAGGUAGUAAUUCUUCCAUCAAGCUGCCGUGAUUUCCUUUUAGUUAAGUUAAAACAAUCAAACAUAAAUAUAUCAAUUACGACCUGUGGCUAUCGCUAGUUGUCUGCUGAAUGAUAUGUUGAUUUUGUUAGGAGAUAUUAAAUGUACCUCAUUUCUGGAAUUUACAGUGUUUAUGAUGAGCGCUUUUUGUCCCCUUUUAAUUUAGCCCAUGGCUUGUUGCAGUAGCUCCCCACCCACCCUCCCCUCCGACCCCCAAAACAAACAAACGAAACAAAUCUAGGAACAGACACAAAACAAAACAAAACACAAUAAAAACUUACGCUUGACUAUCACUAGGAGCUGAAGAUUUCCCCCAAACCUCAACCAUUUGCCGUUUGUCAAUUAGAAAACCAAAUACCUGAUUUGUGCUCUUUGUGAAAUUUUAGAAACUUUUGGCAAGCAUUGCACAAACAACUGGAGGAAUGUACGUGAUGGUGCAAAACAUGGAUGAACUCAGCACUUUUUUUAAGCGCCAAGUGUUGCUAUCACGUUUUAUCGCCCAGUUUUCCCAUGGUGAGUUUGCUGACCAUAAAUAUCCGUUGCACUGGAACCAAUACUUUAUUUCCUUAAAUUUAAACCAUAGAGUCAACUCUUAACUUUGUUUUGUGAUAACUAUUUCAAAUGUAUAGUGAAAUAAGAAAUUUGCCAUUUCAGGGGGGAGUUCGCCUUUUCAAAACGUUUUCUUGGAACAGCUUGUCCUCUGUAGUUGAGGGUGGAGGGGGAAGGGGUUCAUCAUGUCUUUCACUUUAAAAACAUCACAUACAUAAGUGUACUGCCACACAGAAUAGAGUAACAUUCAACCCUAUGCAUUCAAUUCCCUUUUUUUUUAGUGUUAUACCGAUAUACGAUAUUAGACGACUGAAUUCGCACUGCGAAAAUGUUAAGGGAUUCAUCAUAAAAUGGGCGGGGUGGAGGUUUUAUUUCCAAAAUUUGGAGACUCGUGGUGAACUUUAAAACAUUAACCAGCAGAGUGGCUCAAUUUCAUUGGCAACAUGGUAACCUCAGUGUAAUAUCAUUCUUACUUUUUUUAGUAGAUUUCAGUUGCAUUUGCCAAAAUUUGCUCAACCAAAAGCCAGAUGCUAAAAAUUUUCACAAAUCUGAAAAACUGAUUUCUAUGUGACAAAUGACAAACAAGAAGCAUUGUUUUGUUUAUUUUCCUAUUCCACAGAUAUGACACAACUUAGGAACUUGCUUGUGCUGCAACAGUUUAUGCGAAGUCUCGGCGAAGACAUGGAGGAAAGGGAACUGGUAAGAGAGUUAUCAAUGCAUGGAUGAGAGAAUUGAUAGCUCAGUUCCAUUAAUAUCAAACUCUUGCCAGGGCUAAGGAUAAUUAUCCGAGGAACUGGGUUAGAAUGGAGAGGGCCGGGAAGGGAACAAAAAAAAAGUGUUUAGAUUACUAAACUCAAGUUUACCAUAGCUCUCAAUCUUACUUUUCACAAGGAAAAACGUUGCACACACGCGCAAGACAGUUUUACACUUGUUCGCAUGUUAUUUCUUUUUGCAGCGUCCUUUCAUGGCUCUCUUAUUGGCCAUGUUGGUUGCAGACGAUGACGAUGACGAUAAUGGGGUGAGUAGUAUACAUUUUGCUUUGUGCGAAGUUUAUUUUUGAACUUGAUGCUUUUGAUGGUACUUCCUUGUCUUCAAUUAAUACGGGAGAGAAACAGUAACCAUGAAAUUGAACUACUGACCAAUCUGGAUACACGCAGAGAUAUUUCAGCAAGAUUUGCGAAUGCAGUAGAAAGUAUAAAGAAAGUGGCACUUAUAUAGUUUCCGUUGUUAUUGUUGGUGUCGUGUUGUCUUCCCUCUCAUGCUUAAUUUUAUGGCCUUUAUCAGCAGCAACCUCGGAGAACUAGCAAAAUGACAAAUGGCUAAAAUAAAUUAACAAAUAACUGAAAGGUAGAUAGCUAAACACUCACAGACCCGCAAGUAAUCAGUGCUAAGCCUCUUUGCAUUGAAAUAAAAUUUCAAAAUAGUACAUGUCAUGUCGGAGCGGUUGUUAUUAUUACUCCUUAGAACUAUCCCAGACCUCCCCCACCGGGGACACGUGUUCGCAGAGGACCGCACUGGAAAUGGGGCGACCAAGAUGGAGGGAGAGUUGGCACAGUAGUGGAUGCUGGAGGAACGCCUGGUCAGUUAGGAUUUUGAUAGCUAACUUCAUACUGCGUCCUGUGAAUCCAAGUGCAGAGCCAGUAGGGAUGGAGAAUGUGAUAAUUAGUUUUAUUGUGAAAAAAGUCCUGGUAGGCUCCUGUUUAACUGCAAACCUUUUUUUAAACUAUUCAUUUAUCUAAAAACACCAAACUCGAAGUUCAGUCUUUAUUCACACUUAAUUUGUUUUGUCAUUGUGAUUUCCGCUGUUGUUGUUUUGGUUUUGCUAUGUUGUCUCUUGUUUUUGUUUCCGCUCUGUCUUUGUUUUAUUUCUAAAUAAUUGAUUUAUAAAACACUCACAAGACCCACGUUAGAUAGCGGCGAGAUUUUGAUGCAGGAUUCCUAUUACCUGAGCGUGAAGAGAAAAUGAUGAAACAGGACGGUGAGUAAGGAGUUGGUUUAUCUACUCAUCUGCAUGGUGCCACUUGGUAAAUUCUCGCUCAGAAAAUACAAACGUUUUUCUUUUCCAAUUCGUUUCUUUGACAAAACUCGACAAUGUCAAUUUCGACUUUGCAAGCUUGAUUCCACCAUAACAGAAUUUAUGCGAUAUGUCCCAAGGAGGGCCUUAAUGAGCUGAUGGCUUUUACGGUUAAAAUUAAUUUUUAGCCAAUUUAAGGCUAUCGGUUAAUAUCUUUCCAUUGCGAUAACCAGAAUUUUUUUUACGGUUAAUAUUUUUGCAACUGACGGUUAAAAUUUGUCAAUUCUUACGCCUAACGAUGAAAUUUUGGCUGUUUUACGGCUAUAGGUUAUUCCCAUUGAGACCCUCCUCAAAGUCAUUUCCAUUUUUCAUCUUUCGCUGAGUGUGUAAUCUGAUGGGAUCACAUUUGCUUUCAGGUUGGGUGGAGGUUCAAUGGGAUCGCGGAAAUAAGAAUUCCUACCGCUACGGAAAAGAAUCUGCUUUUGAUGUCAAAGUAAGAAACAUUUCCUUGUAUUUAAAACUCAUUAUAUGGAAUUUCUACAUAAUAUGUUCGCGUUUCUUUCCGCACAAUGAACAUGUGAAAGGGGAAGAUUACGCACUUUGGUAAGCCGCCGGUCACAACGGACGCAUGUUGAAGAAAAAUAUGGUGUGUGCGCAAUUGUUGGAGUACAUGCGGAUUGACAGAGUAGAGAGAUCUCCAAUUAUAUUGACUACUUAAACACUGUGGUGACAAAAGUUUCCGCUACUUUGCGCCCCCAAUGCUUGAGCCUGAAGUUUCGUGAAGUAACACUGUCAUUUUUAGGUUGUUGAUGAGAACAGACGCGUGCUUCUCCUUGAAGGAGUCCAAGUUGGAUGCCGUGUGAUUAGAGGUUAGAAAACUUCGGAGUCCUCCUACGCUUCCGAUGGAGCAACUGGGUGGGUCAGGCGGGUAGGAAUCAAAGAAUCAAUCCAAAUUACAUAUAUGUUGCUAAAGAGAUUAUUACUGGACAACAACAACAACAAAACGUGCGGGAAAGUGUUUGGUUUCUUGGAAAUUUUCAGAACAUAUAUGAAAGGGGACCACAAACUCAACAUGAAGGCGACUGGAAAUGGAACUGUAGAUUUUUUUAUAUUACAGUCAUUGUGGGACAUGAAUUCAAUGAGAAAAGGGAGGGAGAAGGAGUAAGAAUGGCCUGACUGUAUUUAAAGACCACAGUAAGCGCUGCAGUUACACAAAGAGCAAUCGCAGAGUCGUCGGGGAACUUAGAUUAAUUGCUUUGACUUUAGAUGUACUUUCUAUUAAUUUGUAGGACCAGACUGGAAAUGGGGAAAUCAAGAUGGAGGAAGUGGGAACAUCGGUCGCGUUUUUCAUGUAGGCAGUGGAAUUGCAAAGGUGAAUUUAGCAUGUUUCAGGUUAUGAUUUUUUUUUUCUGCUUCAUUUCCUCUCUUUUGUUUUGCUUCACACAUUGCUCUCUCAAUAGUUUAUGUUCUGUAUUUGCUUAGGGUUAGGUUAGUCUCCUGAUCUAAGGGGCAGUUUAAAGACAGGAUUUUUUUGCACAAUUUUUUUCUAGAGAAAUUAACUAUCAACUUGACCAUUUCCCCACAAACUUAACGUAAAUAGGUUUUUGAGGAGCAUCUCACUAAUUCACCUUUUGGUCCCGAUUUAAUUUUUGCAAGUGUCAAUGUGGAAAUAGUCAUUUCAUGUAAGUUUGUAAACACGUCUAAUUAUGAGCAGGUCCGCUGGCCCAAUGGAAACACCAAUACUUACCGAGAUGGUGCAGAAGGAGCGCAUGAUCUUCUUGUCCACCCUGCGGUAAGUAUCUUGAAGUCAAUAAAAUUAUGAGCUCACAUAAACAUAAGACUUAAUCAAAGGUUGCCUUAAUUUUAAGUUGCACUGUUUUCGCCCGAUGAUCACGAGUUUCAGUCGCGUGAUCAUAUAGUCCUGUUUGUUUGUUUGUUUGGUUUUUUGUUUGCUUGUCUAUCUGUUUGUUUCGGAUUCAUUUUUAAAACUACAACGAUCUCCCCUCUGUUAACAUAUUUGUUCUUUAGUUCAGCUAUAUGAUUUUCAUGAAACUCUCUCGUAGGACGUGAUCAUGAUGCCUGUCUUAUCUGCUGGCUCACCAAGGCAGCAGCCGUCUGAGGCUUGUCUGGUGAUGUAAAGCU